AUGUUAGAAAGUAAAGAACCGGGGGAUUUAAUAACAACGUUAAAAAUAUUUGGUACGACAGAUCAAAUACAAACUCAAUUGGCUUACAAUAGUGCAGUGGUUAAAACAAAUGGAACAGAUUAUUUUUCAUUAAAUUUUACCAGUCUCUAUUUACGUUAUACUCUUGAUUAUGAGUGGUGGACAGCGAAUGGUUAUCCGAAUCCGUUUCGUAUCAUUGUUUUAUGUACCAUAAAAGCAAAUCAGUCUGUCCAUGAUCUGGAUUUUCAAAUGGAUUUAAUAGAUGUUAACGACAACGCUCCAAAAUUUAAUCAAUCGGUCUACUCUCUUGAUGUACUGGAAACAGCUGCUGUCAAUUCAACUAUUUAUUCUGGUAUAUCGGCAUACGAUCUCGAUUCCGGGAUAGGAGGAACAUUUGUUUAUUAUCUUACAAAUGAUUCACAAUAUAGUUCUUAUUUUCGUUUGGCGACUCCAACAAAUGCAAGUCUGAUAUUAUUAAAACCGUUGGAUUACAAUCAAAUGGCAUCACGAUUUAAUUUAACUAUUAUGGCACAAGACAAUGGUGUACCAUCAUUAUCGUCUCAAACCACAGUUAGUAUUCGAUUAAUUGAUGUUGAUAAUCUAAAUCCAGCAUUUAGAUCCAGUUCAUAUAAUUUAAAUAUUUCGAUUGAUACUCCAGCAAGUUCUGUUGUUAUACCGAAUGAGGGUUCAGUCAACGCCUAUGAUCAAGAUAUUGGAAUUAAUGCAACAAUUCUAUAUUCAAUGACUGCAAACACCUAUCUUAUUAUUAGUAAGACAACGGGUACAAUCACAUUACAAAGAAAUUUUAGUUUUCCGACACGAUUUGAUCUGCUAUUGAAGGUGACAAAAACUAAUGUGCGACAAUUUCAAGUGCAAACAGAAAAUCCAACGGAUUUACCCUUAUGUGCGCCAUGUACAUGUCAAUUUAACGUUACUGAUGGAUUAAACACCGAUUCUACUGAAAUUACCGUAAUAACUUUUGUAUUACCAGUAUUUAGUAAGAGUUCCUAUUUGUUUUCGGCUGAUUAUCCACUAAAUGCUACAUCAAUUGGUACUGUUCAGACCGUUACAGAUGGUCGAUGUCAAGUGCAAUAUACAAUAGUCAAUUUAGAUAAUUCAUCUAUGAUCAAUCAAUUAUUUACAAUAAAUUCAUUGGGUUCAUUACGAUACUCUAGUACAUCUCUUCCAACUCGUGAAGCCUAUCAAAUGCGUGUAAAUGUUUUACAACUAUGUUUGAAUUCUUCAACAACAUCGAUGAGUAAUGCAGAUAUAACUGUCACUGUUAAAAAUUUUCUCUCGACAAAUACUCAAUCUCAAAUAAUUGCUACAAAAACAGAUCAAAGUACAUUGUAUGCAGUUAUUGCAUCUGUAAUCGGAUUCGUUUUUAUUGUACUAGCAUCGAUGAUUAUCAUUAUCUAUUAUAAAAUACAACGUGCAAGAAGACGAGUACCACCAUUUUUCAAACAAAAAUCACGUUCACAAGCUCAAGGACUAUUUUUCAAAUCAAAAACACCUUUGGGUGAUCAGCAAACAUCACCGUACACAUUGGAUGUAAGAGAUGAUGAUUCAAAUUCAAUAACGCCACGUUUAUCGCCAGAUUCCGGUAUAUUUCAUCAUUCUUCGUCGAAUGUUGAAAAUGGUCAUCAACGUUUACUAUCUGGCCAUUAUAAAGUUAGUGAACCACCUAUGUUGUCAUCUUCGCAUUCUUCUCAUCAUCAUCAUACAAAUCGUACUCCGACACUUGAAGAUUUAUUAUCAACCUAUGAUAAUCGUUCGUCAACAUCUGAGUCAAGUUCAUCAGCUGAAACACCAACAAUUGCACAUAGACCCGGUUCAUUUCGAACAACAUUGUCUAUUCGUGAACCGGAUUUUAAUUUUAAUGAUAAUCAUCAUCAACAACAUCAACUACCAACAUCGACAAUUUUGGACACAAUAAAUGAAGAUACAGCUUGGGAACAACAAAAUAAUCAACAUCAUAGAAGUUAUCGACCUUUGAGACCAGCCGAAGACAGUAUGGAUAUUAUUAGCGAAUCUCAUGAGGUAGCUAAUACUAAUAAUUCUUUAUCAACUAAAACUGUAUCACCCUCUUCAUCCUGCUCGUCGCCAUCUUCUACUAAACAAUUACUACUUUCUACUACAACUACAAACACAAAACAAAUACUCAUUUUUGAUAAUGCUCUGUUCAACAAUAGUGAACAUUUAGCGGCUACACGGUGCUAA